AUGGAGCCAAAACAUCCCGAGAAUUCCUCCCACAGCGUGCAAAAGGAGGCGGAGACAGUUCUAGUGGCGGCACCAAAAGCUCGUGAGUCUAAAGCCGGCUCCAUGGCGUCAUCAGGACGUGCGGAUCUUGUCGAAAAUCCGCACACUUCGUCCACCGAAGAAGAAGAAGAUGACGAGGAGUACUCGUCUGAAUCGGAAGGUGCGUCCGGUUCCGAGGCGGAGUCGAAAUCAGAGUCGGAGUCCGAGAGAAUUAAGCAUGAUGCUGCGAAACCUGUCGCGGCCAAACAAGCGGUAGAGGCUCGAGAAGUGGAGAAACCUCGUUCGGUUGUUAAGGAAACGCGAAGAGCCGCAGCGAAACGUCCUAUGACGGUGUUGGAGGCGAAAGGUAACGAGUUAAACCCGGCAAAAAAGAUGAAAGGAGUUCAAGAACCCGAAGAACACAAGGGUAAAAAAUCGAGUGCGGACGCGUCCAAGAAGCAGCUGAUCGAGAGGAUCUUCUCUCACGAAGACGAGAUCGCUUUGCUAAAAGGUAUACUCGAAUUCGCGUCUCGGGUAGGAAACAUUUACGAUUGUAUGGACGAGUUCUGUAUAUUCGUGAACAAGCACAUGAACUUUGAGGCGAACAAAGCUCAGAUAUCUAAUAAGAUCAAGAGACUGAGGAAGAGGUUCGAGAAGUCGGUGGAGAAAUCGAUAUGGAAGGGGAAGAAAGGCGAAGAUUGCGUGUUUUCCAAGGCUCAUGACCAAGAAUCUUUCGACUUGUCGAAGAAGAUUUGGGGCACUAAUGGAGUGAUGCAGUCGACGACCAAAUCGACGAAGGGUCAGGGAAAAAACUGGAAACCUCGGGUUCUCGCAGGCAAAGACGUGAUACCCUUGUUGGAUGCGAAGAACGUUGUCGGGAUCGACGAGUUUGCGAUGGUAGAAGGUUGGGAGAUGGCGGAAGGAUCGACGAAGAGAAAACUAGAGGCGACAUGGAAGAAGAUCCAAGCUCUUCAAAUGGAGUUGUCAUUGCUGAAGACAAAGUUUGCGGGUAAGGCGACAAAUCUGAUAUUCGAUGCGUUGAAAGCCAAUGGGUCUCAUUUCGACAAUUAA